CACCGUACGUACUACACUGCUAAUCUUAUCAGCACAUACAGUGCACGCCCAUCUGGCAUGGACCCAGCAUCACACCUACCACCUUCCAACAGUCAUUGUCCGAAGCCUGGGUGCGGAAAACAUCUUCCUGCAAAGUUCAAGCAGGGCGGUAUUAAUGAUGGGAAGGCAUACCUACUGUGUAUCAAUCCAACGGUUCACAGUGACAAGUACUGGUGGAUCCCUCCUCACUGGGUCCAUGAAGAGCGCUCACCACCACUCACUCAAGGCUCAGAGGUCGUGGUUGGAGUCGUUGGACAUGCUCUUGUGAAACCGAAAGGCUGCCUCUCGCCUUUCUGUGCAAUCAAAACAAUAAAAGCUGCAUGUACCAACCGCAUGUGCAAAUCGCACUGUAUUUCCACUGGCGGCUGCAUCUCCCAUGGCUUCCCAUCCACACAAGUCCCUUCUGCACAUCCACCACCUCCACCAUCCCAAGCACUGCCAUCUGCACAUCUGCUGCCGCUCCCAUCCUGGUCAACCUCAUCCAACUCCUCUACAUCCAUGCAUCCACCACCAUCCUGGUCAGCCACAUCAACGUCUACAUCCGCGCAUCCACCACCUACGCCAUCUCAAACAGCCUACUCUCCAUCUGAGUUGGAUUCCAUCCUUGACGAAUUCUUGUCCCACACGGCUCCUGCAGACUCUUCAAGUAGCCAGGACGGAUAUCACUACCUGUCUGAUGUUGAUCGUGAUGAACGAGACCUGCAAGCAGCGCUCGCUCAAUCUAUCGCCGACCUGCAGCCUCCACCUCCAGUUCAAGCACAGACUAUGACACCAAAGCCCAAGAAGGGGAAAACUCGAGCAGCACCUGGCAGCAUGAACUCUGAAACUGGGAGGACCCUGGAACCUAGGCUGUCAACACAGCUCAAUGACUCUUGGCUAACGACUCAUACCAGGCGCGAGAUCCUGAAGACUGACUUUCAGCAGCGUGCUGAAGCCAAGAAGGCUCAUGAACAACGUCUCAAGGGUCGCUUCCUUGUCAACUAUUGGGACCAGAACGGCAUUGAUCCCGUUUCAGUCACAGUCUACAAGCACUCUGCUGUAUGCUCACUCGCUGAAUAUCCGGACACCCUACAAGCUCUCAGUGCGCACCUUGGACCAGUUGACUAUUAUGAUCUGAAGCUUCGACACUGGAUUCAAGAUGAUUUAAACCGCCCUCUGGAAGUUGCAACUGAUAGCCAGCUGUUUAUUCGCAGACGAGGAAUCGACUGCAAAGGGUUCCAAGACUUCUUGCAGGACUAUGUUCAGCCAACUGGGCAUAACAACCUCCGAAACCUCACUUCUGAGCGACGGGCUGUGCGCGAAACGAGGAAGAAACUAGGACUCAGUGUCGCCAAAGACUCUCCUUCACGGACAUCAAGGCCAGGGAGGCACUAUCAUCAUGGUAGCACUGACGACGGGUCCGAUAUUGACAUGAGUCUUGGCACCUCAUCGGAUUCUCAAGCGCCAGCUCACUGGCACUCAUCUGUUCCCUCGCCAACCACCUCUGGCCUGAGCUUUACUCCAAGGCAAACACCAUCUAACGAUUCCGAUUCGGACUUUAGUUCUAGCAUCACGUCACUAGCCCGACGAAAGAGGUUCAAUCAUCACGAUACUGACGACGAGGACUUCAAUUCUCCUUCGCCAUCCAAGGCUCCACGUCUUGCCUUUUCGUCAAACCAAGCCCAACAUAGUACUCCAUUACAGGUCCCAAGUACUGCCAGUGUCGGACGCCCCAACAAACAAGCAUCGACUUCCACGCGGUGGCCAACAUCCAUGUACACUAUUGACAUGUCUGAAGGCUUUCAGCAGAUUGAAAGUUUGGAGAUGAAGCAACAGUACCGACGUCUGGAAGAUUGCUUUCAUGCAGUUUUUCAUGCGCCAUUCACAGCUUCCACCUACCACGAUGCGAAAAAACGCUGGCUCCGUGCAUCUGAGGAAGGUCUACUCGAAGGUGCCGAGGCUGCUGGACGCACUAAUGCUGGCCGUUGGAGUAAGCUGGCUGCCCAAGUUCCCCUGAAGUAA